ACCGACGUAGAGUGCCGAUAGCUGCUCACCCUGAAGCAUCACAUUGUACAAUUAUCUGCAUUUUUAUUUAAAUUUCAUUGUAACUUAUUCGUUUAAAUUUAGUUUUUACUGUUGUGAUUCGAACCAGCAAUCCCUCACAAUGUUCAGCCUCAGGAAUAGUGCCAAAAUGGGGUUGAAGCUGUGGAACAACCGGUCCAUUGCCAGCCUGUCGGCGCUGUCCGAAACUCACCAGAUGCUGCAGAAGACCUGUCGGGAUUUUGCCGACAACGAGCUGAUCCCGAUCGCGGCCAAGAUCGAUCGGGAGCAUCUGUACCCGGCCGAGCAGAUCCAGAAGAUGGGCGAGCUCGGAUUGAUGGCUGUGGCUGUGAGCGAAAAGUACGGUGGAACUGGGUUGGACUAUGUGGCGUACGCGAUCGCCAUGGAGGAGAUCUCACGUGGUUGUGCCUCGGCUGGGGUGAUCAUGUCCGUGAACAACUCGCUGUACCUGGGACCGGUUGAACGGUAUGGUUCGGAAGCUCAGAAGGAACAGUUCGUGGCAGGGUUCACCGACGGAAAGCGGGUUGGGUGCUUCGCGCUGUCGGAACCUGGAAAUGGAUCCGACGCUGGAGCAGCCUCAACCGUAGCGGCUCUCAAAGGAGAUCGCUGGGUGCUUAACGGUAACAAGUGUUGGAUCACCAAUGCGUACGAAGCCGAGAGCGCGGUAGUCUUUGCUACCACGGAUAAGAGCAUGAAGCACAAAGGUAUCUCCGCGUUCAUUGUCCCGCGAAAUGCCCCAGGAUUCUCUCUCGGUAAGAAAGAGGACAAACUGGGAAUCCGAGGAUCCUCAACCGCCCAGCUGAUCUUCGAGGACUGCGAAAUCCCGAAAGAGAACCUUCUCGGUGAACCCGGUAUGGGCUUCAAGAUCGCCAUGCAAACGCUGGACGCCGGCCGCAUCGGUAUCGCCAGCCAGGCCCUCGGAAUCGCCCAAGCGUCCCUCGAGUGCGCCGUCGACUACGCCAACAAACGGAUCGCGUUCGGCAAACCAAUCUCCAAACUCCAGUCGAUCCAAUCCAAGAUCGCCGACAUGUCGCUCGGACUGGAGUCCGCCCGGCUUCUAACCUGGCGUGCCGCCUGGCUCAAGGACAACAAGCAUCCGUUCACGAAAGAAGCUGCCCAGGCCAAGUUGGCCGCCUCGGAAUCGGCCACCUUCUGCGCUCACCAGUGCAUCCAGAUUCUCGGCGGGAUGGGCUACGUGUCCGAUAUGCCCGCGGAACGGCACUAUCGGGAUGCGAGGAUUACGGAAAUCUACGAGGGCACCUCGGAGAUUCAGCGGCUGGUUAUCGCCGGACAGGUCAUCAAAGAGUUGUCUUCUUAGAUUCUUGUUUGUUGUUUAAUUAUUUGAAAAACUGUCGAGUCAUUAUCAUGCCUUGCUUCAGUGAAUUUUGUCGAACCUUUAGUCCUAUAAAUAUCGAUGAUCAAGAAAUUUUAAAUGACAUCACCCUCACAUUAAGCAUGCAUUAGAAAGGAAAAUGUGUCAAUAAAAAUCAUAUAUAUUUGGGAAA